AUGUCAGCCACGGCGAGUGAAAACUGGAAAAAAAAUUUCCAGGCAACCAUGGGCGAUCUUCAUUAUUCAAUAGGCGCAACAAAGCACCGAGUUGAAAUUCGUGAAUUUCUUAUGAAUCACUUUUUAGUGGAGGAAACGAUGAAUGCGGCCACCAGUAUCACUGAAGACGAAUUUGCACCGUUCGCCGACACUGUUCUCGAUACAUCAUUGCGGAAACCGCUUUCCGUUAUAUGCCGAGCUGGAAAUGGUGAGAUCGUUGGUGUCGCUUUGCACACAAUUCAUCGACGUGGUGAGCCUGUAAAUGCUGAACCGUUAGGGAACAAGGCCAAACGUCCCCAAAUCGACGCCAUAGCUUCGAUAUGCAAUGAAUGUCAUAAAGACGUGUGGCAAAUACUCGGACCGGAAAUAAAUACAGUGCUCGAGCUGGAUAUUAUUAGUGUAGCCGAGCAGUAUCAACGGCGAGGCAUUGCGAGAAAAAUGCUGGAGAAAUGUCAAUCACCGCAGGUGCUCAAGGAGCAUAGCAUUCAAGGAGUCGUCACUCAAGCAACAUCACACGCGAAUCAAACACUACUGAAAAAUCGAGGACAUACGGUUCUCAAGGAAGUGCCUUUCACACGAUAUGUUAAUGACCGAGGUUCGCCUCUGAUCAAACCACUUGACGGCACACAAUCGGUAAAACUCUUCUGGAAAUCCAACGAGUUAUUUUGA